AUUUAUCUAAACGGACAGUUAUGACGGAGAUGGCACGAUCGUUUUGACGUUAUUUAACCGGCUACUUUACGCAAACGUAUUUGAAACACACUGACCACGACGGUAAACAAGAAGAAGUUUGCAACUUUUUUUUACUUACUCAACUAAAGUUAGCAAGGAAGUUUUAUUACUGGUCAUAGGCGGUGACCUAAACACAGCCGUUUCUGACAGUCAGUUUUAUAGGAAGCGGCAGUUCAUCUUGUUUUUAAAUAUGGCAGUCACUCAGUAGAGACUUUAUUUUGACUUCGUAACAUCCUCUCCAUCAUGUUUCCGCUGGACACACCGUGGAAUAUUUCAUUUGCAGGCUGUGGAUUUCUAGGGAUUUACCAUAUUGGAGUGGCGAGCUGUCUGCAGCAACAGGCGCCUUUCCUCACUGAAAAUGCCCAGCACAUCUACGGAGCCUCUGCAGGCGCGCUCACUGCUACGGCGCUGGUUAGCGGGGUUUGUUUGGGAGAGGCAGGUGCAAGCAUCAUCAAUGUUGCGAAGGAAGCAAGGAAGCGGUUUCUGGGACCAAUGCACCCUGCCUUUAACCUGGUGAAGAUCAUGCGGGAAAUGAUGUGCCGCAUACUGCCACAUGAUGGGUACACCAAGGCCACAGGCCGACUGGGUAUCUCUCUCACCCGCGUCACAGAUGGGGAGAAUGUGCUGGUGUCUCAAUUUAACAGCAAUGAUGAACUGGUGCAACGGUAUGUAGAUGGAGGGAUCACUGAUAAUUUGCCUCAGUACGAGCUGAAGAACACCAUCACAGUAUCUCCAUUUUCAGGGGAGAGUGAUAUCUGUCCCCGUGAUUACAGCUCCACCAACCUGCAUGAGCUCAGAUUUACCAACACGUCUAUACAGUUCACACUCUCCAACUUUUAUAGAGUCACCAGAGCACUGUUCCCUCCAGAUCCACAGGUGCUGGAGACAAUGUGCCUGCAAGGAUACAAUGAUGCAUUGCAUUUCCUAAAGACAAAUGGCUUGUUACAAUUCCAGCGACCUCAGCACCCACUGAGUAACGGUAGCAUGAGGGUUCAGGAAGACUCAGAGUACGAGAACAAGGAUGAUCAAAGGCAUAGAAGAGAAGGAGAGAUGAUGCCUGGGACUCAUUCUAGUGUAGAAGAACAAAUAUCCGAGCACUUACCUCCACAGCUGCAUAGGGCACUCAUGGCAGUGUGUAAAGAAAGACAACGUCCCUUACAGUCUUUAAGCAACAUGCUGCCAGUCAGGAUGCUGUCGGCCAUCUUAGUGCCAUGCACACUACCGCUGGAGUCAGCUCUGUCACUGAGCAUCAGGUUGUUGGAAUGGCUGCCUGAUGUCCAAGAAGAUGUAGGCUGGAUUAAAGAACAGACUGUGAAGCUGAUGAAUUAUAUUCUACAACAUGCCAGGAGGAAUGUGUCCCAACAGCUGGUGGGACGAUUGUCUUAUCAGAUGGAGUUGAGGCAUGCUCAGUCUGCGACAGCAAGUUUUAGCACUGCUAGUCUUUUGCCAGGUUGGGUGUGUAGACGCAGCUCAUCUGUGCUGGAUGCUAUCCAGCGUUUGGAGCAGUACCAGCACCAGCUCCUGCCAGGCCUCUUCUGCAUCAACUUGAAUAUACAUGGCUCAUUCAGUGCUGGAUCUCCACAAAUAGCAGCUCCCACUUCUGUCCAUGGAGUAAUUGGUGAAGGUUUGACUAUGCGUCCCUUGGGGGCCAAUAAUGCUGCCUUGCUUCCACAAAACAAUCAAAUGGAGGACCAUCCCAUCUCAUAAUGCACUUUUUCAGUAAUGUGAUCUCCAGGAACCCCAGGCAUUCUGACAGAACUUAUAAUUUACUCAAUUCAAGAAAUGAAGCAGAAAAAAAAAACAUAACAGGGAAGGUUAUUAAUAUUCUAAAAUGGUGUUUAAAGUAGGUGUUGUUUAUUUAUUUAAUUAUCUCAUCAAGAAGAACAGAACUGGAUUUGUUAUGGCUUUUUUGUGAUUCCCCAAUUUGUAACUGAAUAUCGUAAGGAAAAUUUAUUUAGUUGUAUUUGCAUCCUUAAAUUUCUUGUUUCAUUAUAAGCUUAUUGAUCAUUUUCAUACUUUCAUGUAAAAGUGAUGUGUUAUGGGUGUCUGGAAAGUAUGGGCAGCUUAAGGAUGUCUUUGAAUUUCUUACUUUAAACAAAAGUCUUUUCUGGGGGGUGGCACAUAAAGGUCUCAGAAACUAGGUCGUGGCUGGGGGGAUUUUUAAAAGCUUAGUAUUACAAAAAAGAAAGAAUAAUAAUUAAAUGUAUUAUUAGUAGUAUUAAUAUGAUUCAAAUUAUGAAUUAGCAUUUACAUGUUCUAAUAUAUAACUUCUUGCAAAGUAUAUCUAUAUGCAACUAUAAUUUCCCAAACUCAUUUCCCAAAUUUCCCAAAGUUUAUUUGUUAUUAGGUUUUUGCUUCACUUUCAGAAUUUUCUAUAUUCUUAUUUUGUUUCUAUAGUCUAAAAGUAAAUAGACAUAAAAUAGACAUAAGCCUUUGAAAUAAGCACAAAUAUUUCAUUAAAACUGUUGUCUAAUAUAGACCUACCUAUUUUGGAAAACAAAUAAUAGGUUCCCUUAAAAGUGCAUUAAGUAAAAUAAAGUUAAAUACGUGUUAGACGUUUGAAUGACUAAAAAAAUGUUUUUUUUGCUUGAGCCUUAUUCCCACUUAGGUUAAUGAAGCUCUAACACCAGCAUCUGCCAUAACCCUAACCUGUCCUGACAUUUCAUACAGUGUGUAUUAAAUGAUUGACAGGAGGUGCAUCCAAACAUGUUUUCUCAGUCACUCUAUAUGCCAUUGCUUAAUUUUUUUUUAAUAUACUAUAUGUGUUUACCAGGUUAUUUGUUUAUAUAAAAAAUGAAACCAACCGACUUAUAAGGAAGGCUUUAAGGAAAUGUGUUGAGCAUGAUACCAGGAGAUAUUUUAGAGAAUGUUGGGUUUCUUGUAUUUUGUUUGCUGAUGGCUUGUGACCAUGUGUCACUUCAGUGCAAUGAAAUGUAGCAUGUCUUGUCUGCUUCUGUUUAUUUUAUAGCUGAUACUCAUGGUUUACUUUUUAGUUCAGUAUGAUUGUAGUCACUCUUUGUUUUAAAAAAACAAUAAAAACUAAUUAUAAUUUUUUUUUACCAGUACACUGACUUUCAAUUUUGCAGGAGGAAGAGAAAAGCCUUUUGGACAUUUUUAAUCAGUAUAAACAAAUAAAUUAUUUGUUUAAAAUAAUAAUUAUUAUGGUCAGGACACCUUACCUUUCAGUUACCCUUCAGUGUGAGAC